AUGUCUUGCCUAUUCUUUCUCUGUUUCUUUCAUUUUUCUUUCUUUUUCUUUCUUUUUUCUUUCUUUUUUCUUUCUAUCUUUUUCUUUCUUUCUUUCUUUCUUUCUUUCUAUCUUUGUCAUUCAUUAUUUCUUUAUCUUUCUAUAUUUUUCUUCUUUCUUUCUUUCUAUCUUUCUUUCUUUCUUUUUCUCUCUCUCAUUUCUUUCUUCUAUCUUUUUCUUUCUUUCUUUUUUCUUUCUUUUUCUUUCUUUCUUUCUUUUUUCUUUCUUUCUAUCUUUUUCAUUCAUUAUUUCUUUUUCUUUCUAUAUUUUACUUUUUUCUUUCUAUCUUUCUUUCUUUCUUUUUCUCUCUCUCAUUUCUUUUGGUUUGAAGCUAUUCUUUCUCUCUUUCUUUCAUUUUUCUUUCAUUUUUCUUUCUUUCUUUCUUUUUCUUUCUUUUUUCUUUCUUUCUUUUUUCUUUCUUUCUUUUUCUUUCUUUCUAUCUUUUUCAUUCAUUAUUUCUUUUUCUUUCUAUAUUUUUCUUCUUUCUUUCUUUCUUUCUUUCUUUCUUUCUUUCUUUCUUUCUUUCUGUCGUUUUAA